GUUUUGACUUGUUAGAUAAAUCAUAAUUCACUUAGGGGGCUUGCCCAGGGCUCCAGGAACUCUACGAACAAGAACUUCUUGCAGUCCAACAUAGGUCUCGGCAACAUGCAGCUUGGGCGGCAACUAAGCGCGCACGCUGGAACAUGUAGGCAGCAAGCAUUACGCUGUAGCUCGCUCGCAAGAAGCGCUCCGCCGCCGGCAAUUUGCCCUUCGCGCGCGCCAACUCAGCCCUGCUCCCGCGGCUCAGUACAAUUGCAUGCCAAGCGCACUGGCGGCCGCUCAAAGACGCAGGAGGGUAGCGACGACGCGUCUGGGUGGGAUGCCGCGCUCGCGGACAUCCCCACCGAGGACGACGAGGCCGCAAGCGAGGACUUUGAGGAGUCAGACGCGGAGCGGAGCGCGGGACAAGCGGGGGAAGCGGGCGAGCCUAGCACGAGCUACGCGCCAGUCGGGAAAGUGUCUUCCGGGCCACGCGCCCCGAAGGCGCCUAGCUCGCUGCUGUCGCUGGCGGAGUACAACAUGCUGAUGGAAGCCAAGGCGAUUCGGGAAGCGCAGGAGGAGGCGGAGCGGUUAGAGCGCGAGAUUGCGGAGGGCCGCGGGGUGGUUGUGACAGAGCCGGUGCCCAUCGACGUCAACCGCCAGGGCUUCCAGGUGUUCCCCAUCGACGGCGGCGACCUGGAGCUGCUUGUGGCUCAGGACGGGCAGGGGCUGCUGGCGCUGGCGGACAGCUACGUGGCCGCCAGGCAGCCGGCGGCGGAGGGCGGCUGGGCCUACAGCCGAGUCAAGCUGGAGGGGGAGGUGCCCACGGGGGCCAGCGUGUACACGGUGGUUCCGUGGGUGGAGCGCGGCGGCAGUGACAUGUUCAAACGCAAGGCCGCCACCAACAAGGUGAAGAAGGUGUACUUCAUCAACAUGGCCCCGGCCGACGACGACAGCGGGGAGGCGGCUUUCAACCUGGAUGCCGUGUUCUGCUUCGACGGAAAGAGCCGCACCAUGGCCCUCAGCGAGGUGCGGCUGGUGGGGCAGCCGCCGCUCAUGGAGCCCGUGCUGCGCAUCAGGCCCAGCGGCCUCACACUGGAGGAGUCGUACCUGCUGCCCGACCCCAUCGAGAUCUCCAUGAACACGGCGGUGGACCUGGCGGACAUGAGCGAGGAGGAGCUGGCGGAGCGGCUGGCCGAGCUGGAGGCCCAGGCCGAGGCGCUGGACGAGCUGGACGAGGCGCCCGACGUGCCCAGCGUAGACAACUACUAGACAACAUCGUGCUAUUAAGAACUGGUUGAAGUGCUAGUGCUGACGGAAUGACGGUUGACAGCUUGCUUGCUUGCCUUCACGGACUGACUGAUUAGCGGCCUGCUGAGCGCUAACUACGUCACCACCUCGUGCUGUGCAGUUGGUGGGGUAGCUAGGGUGUGGGCGGCUGGGUGAUGACUAGGGCCACUGGGUGCUGGCGGCGGGUUGGCAGUCUGGGUGCCUGGGACCCGGGACUCAAGUGCUUGUCCAUCGCGGAUUAGGUCGCCGAGAAGGUGGUGGUAUGAUUUGUACAAACGUGGGUGGUGACACGUGGUGGGCUGCUUCACGCAACGUGUCAGUUCGCUGCCGCUUGGCCGCGCGUGCACCCGGGCUGUGCUCGAGGGCACACAGCUGCGGCGUAGGCGAUGGAAAGAUCGGGUUGCGGGGGCUCCGCUACUCUAGGCGUUGAGUGUGUGGUGCCACGGCCCUAAGGCGCGUCAUGUGCCGCAGCCGGUGGCGUGUGUGUGACAGCAAGGUGUGAGACAUGUGGACUCUUUGCACGAGCCCUAACGGCCGUAAGGGAUUGCAGACAGAGACACCCAACAGGCGCGAGCACGUGUAACGGACUCGAGUU